AUGUGUCCCCCUGGCGAGGCUGGUGGUGGUAGCAGUGGGCCGGUUCCCCGAAAUCCCAGACACAUUCCAGAGGAAAUGAACACUGGUGUCGCCUUGGUGCAAAAAGUUGACAGUGUGUCUGAAGGUAUUGCAGACUAUGGAGGAAAGAUGACUGCUGUUGAGAGGGAUUUGCAAAAGCUUGAUCAUCGAACUGGGGUGAAAUCUGAGAACACCACCACAGAGAUCCAGAGUUUUAAGAACAACAUCUGGACUCUUCAGAGGCAGCUGUCUGCGGUGGAGGAACGCAUCCACAGCGACCAAGCUAAGCUGAGUCAGCUACAGAACGUUGGCUCAGACAUCCAGAACAAUCAGGACUCCAUUCAGGGAGUGCUGAGCAGCAACACAGCCACCUUACGCCUUGUAAAUGGCACCCUGCAGUCUUAUGACGGCAUCAUUGGGGGUCUGCAGGAGGACACCGCCAGGCUGCAGAGAGAACUCCAGCAGCAGAUGAAACGUCAGAACGAGGCGCUGCUCAGCAUCAGCGGCCUGAACCUCACCCAGGCCCAGCAGAGAGGCUUCAUCGCCGUUCUGCAGCGCUCAGUGGACGACACCAGCCAGGCCAUUCAGAAAAUGCGCAAUGACUUUCAGAGCUUGGAGCAGACGACCCGACAGACGCGCUCUGAUAGCGAUUGGCUUCGAAGUAAAGUGGAGAACCUGCAGGUUAUGUCCAGUAAUGCAUCAGUUCUGGCAAAGACCAACAGCGACAGCCUGGAAGACGUGGGAUCGCAGAUUACUAUGAUGUCCAACCAGCUCCAGAACACCAGCACCCUGGUUGAAACUCACGACCAGUCCCUGAGGGAGGUUAUGGACCAGCAGAGGGACUUCGGCAACCUCACGUCCACUAGGUUUGACCGUCUGGAGGUGAGGCUGGACGAGUCAGAGCAGAGUAUGGACCGCGUGACCGGCAACAUCAGCUUCACCACGCAGCUCCUGGGCGCCAUCAACCUCAACCUGAACGAUUUGCGCACUUGUUCCGAGACCGUCGGCCGUCACGCAGAGUUCUUGUUGAACCUCAACAACAGUGUGACAGAUGUGACGAUAGAUGCCGGCAGUCUGAGGUCCCAGCAGGAAGAUCUGGCGGCACGUGUGGACAAGGAGGUCACCAACCUCUCUAUUGUCAUGGAGGAGAUGAAGCUGGUGGACACCAAGCACUCACAACUAAUAACCAACUUCACUAUUUUACAAGGUCCUCCGGGUCCCAGAGGCCCAAGAGGGGACAAAGGACCUCAGGGACCAGCUGGUCAAUCUGGCAAGAAGGGAGAGAAAGGUGAUAAGGGUCCAGCGGGGAUACCAGGUCCCAGAGGAGAUCAGGGUUUCCCAGGACCACCAGGUUUACCAGGGUUAAAAGGUUUGCCAGGCGUCCCCGGCGGCCCCGGGUCCAAAGGCUCCAGAGGGUCAGGAGGCAGAGCCGGGCCUUCUGGUGCUAAAGGAGAGCCGGGUACUGCUGGUUUGCCCGGGAGAGACGGACAGCCUGGUCCUCAGGGGGCACAGGGCCCACCGGGUAUCAGAGGUGCAAUGGGGCCAGCUGGAGAGCAGGGACCAAGGGGACUGCCAGGACCAGUGGGGCCUCCGGGAGCAGCAGGACCACCAGGACAACCAGGAUUCCCUGUUCGGGUUCCAGCGAUGCCUCUGGGCCCGGUGUCUCUGCUGGACGACCGGACCGUGGCUCCUACACUUUGGGCUCCAGGCUGCCCUCCUGAGUGGGCAAACUACAGAGACGGGUGCUACUUUUUCUCCAAACUAAUGGACAGUUUUGAUGAAGCAAAGGCAAUGUGUGAAAAACAAUCUGCUUCAUUGGUGAUCAUCAAUGAUCUGGAGGAACAGAAAUGGCUGAAGAGGCAGAUCCUUGGAAAGGGUUUCUUCUGGAUGGGUCUGACCGACAAAGGAGACGAGAAUGUGUGGCGAUGGCUGGAUGGGACUGAACCUACUUUCACGAAGUGGAAGCCCGGUCAGCCUGACAACUGGGGCCAUGGGCAUGACAUAGGAGAGGACUGUGCAGGUCUCGUCCACGAAGGGUUAUGGAACGAUUUCUUCUGUGAAGAUCGCAUAGGCUACAUCUGUGAGAAGAAAAUGGAGACCCCAUUAUUCCCAAGCUCAUAGCAUUAUCUUGAAAGGGAGCUUGCAGUGAGCAGCUAGACUUCACCCAUUGUGGCACCGGUCCACUGACCCAGCACAUGGACGGUCGGUACGGAGAGAGCAAAGGGACAAUUUUUUAAAAGAGCCCGGUGCUGCAGCAGCGAGCGUCUCUCUGAUGCUGAUGAGAAGCAUUUCUCCUCCAAAAUGAAACCAGUCCAACGUCACCAGCAAGUGCAAUACAGCGGGGCAACCAAAGAAGGAGAAUCAGUGUUUUCUAUUUUUUUAAAUUACCAAAUCACCUAUUGAGUUAUAUAUAAAUAUAUAUAUAUAAAUAUUUUUUAUGGUUAUUUGAAAUACAUUUUAUAAAACUGUAUUCCACGUGCAACUGAAUAUCUGAAUGUAUAUUUCAUUAUGCAAGUUUUGUAGGAAAUUUAUAAAUUCUAUGAAUCAGAAUGGAUUCACCGUAGUGCUUUUUCAUUAUAUGUAAUUUGUCUUAAAAGGAGAAUAAAAAAGGUGCAAAAAUGAUGCGCAAAAAAAAUGACGCUGACAUGCUAUCUUCCAGAAAACUGUUAUCUAACCUCAUGAAUGUCUUUAUAUAGAAUAUUCAUUUUUAUACCAAGAACGAAUGAAAUAUUUACACAUAAAUGCAGAAAAAUCAGCUUGAGUUUUGGUUCAAGACUGCAAGUUUACAAGUUUAAUACUUUAUGUACGGUAUGUUGUGAUUACGGGAUUUAUUUUUUAACUAUUACAAACAACAUAUGUAUGUUUAUGAAUGAGAAUCUGUGGAUCCCAGCUACAAAUAUAAAAUGUGCCAUUUUCUGCACUCAGGUAAAUACUGUUCCCUGUUGAGUAUAAAAUGAAGUACGGCUACGAAAAAUGAAGAAAACGCUCACAAAUAAAUC